GUCAGUUUGAAAAGAUCAGACAAAGGCAGCAGGAAGCCCCUCGGCUUGGCAAUGCGAGCGAGCGGAGCGCAAAUGCAAACCGAAACCUUUCUCUUUUACGAUUGCAGUGGGAAGAGACGCCGUAACGUGUCCGAAUAUACCCCGUCUGAGUAUUAGUAGAAUUUUUAAACGUCUUUUUGAAAAUGUACGACCGUCUGGAUCCCAGCGACGACCGAAAAGGCUCCUCGCAGCACAAAACGGGUAUUGCUGUCUGAUGGUUGGACUGUUUUCCUCGUUUGGUUGAGGCUUGUAUUGGAACUAGCUUUUUGGCUUUUUGCAUUUGAAUCCUACUGCGCAACCCAGACACAUCACGUGGGACGUGGAGUUCAUCGAUUUGUUCAAAUAUAUAUCUGUAUACAUACGUAAGAAAAACGGGAAAGCUUGCUAAGAAAAAAAGAUUUCUUCGGGAUAAAGGACGGGAGCGUCACAGAAACACAACGGUUGGGUUAACCAAGAUUUUUUAUGUAAAAAUAAAAUGGAGACACACAUCUCGUGCCUCUUCCCAGAAAUUUUGGCUAUGAUUUUCAGUUACUUGGAUGUAAGGGACAAAGGUAGGGUGGCCCAAGUGUGUACGGCGUGGAGGGACGCGUCUUACCACAAGUCGGUGUGGCGGGGGGUGGAAGCCAAGUUGCAUUUGCGGAGGGCCAACCCGUCCCUCUUCCCCAGCCUCCAGGCCCGGGGAAUCAGGAGGGUGCAGAUCCUCAGCCUAAGGCGCAGUCUGAGCUACGUGAUACAGGGGAUGCCAAAUAUCGAGAGCCUGAACCUCAGUGGCUGCUACAACUUAACAGAUAACGGCCUUGGGCAUGCUUUCGUACAGGAAAUACCUUCCCUGCGGGUGCUGAACCUUAGCCUCUGCAAGCAGAUCACGGACUCCAGCCUGGGCAGGAUAGCUCAGUAUUUGAAAAAUCUCGAGGUCUUGGAACUUGGCGGCUGUAGCAACAUCACGAACACCGGUUUAUUACUCAUCGCUUGGGGUUUGCACAGACUGAAGAGCCUGAAUCUGCGCAGCUGCCGGCAUGUGUCAGAUGUAGGCAUUGGGCACCUGGCCGGCAUGACCCGGAGUGCGGCGGAAGGAUGUCUCAACCUGGAGUACCUGACCUUACAGGACUGUCAGAAGCUGACGGACCUGUCUCUAAAACACAUCUCCAAGGGCCUGACCAAGCUCAAAGUUCUCAAUCUUAGCUUCUGCGGCGGGAUCUCGGACGCCGGCAUGAUUCACCUGUCCCACAUGACCAGUCUCUGGAGCCUUAACCUUAGGUCCUGUGACAACAUAAGUGACACAGGAAUCAUGCACCUGGCCAUGGGGACGCUGAGGCUGCUGGGUCUCGAUGUGUCCUUUUGCGACAAGAUUGGCGACCAAAGCCUGGCUUACAUAGCCCAGGGCCUUUACCAGCUAAAAUCUUUAUCCCUGUGUUCGUGCCACAUAAGUGAUGAUGGCAUCAACAGGAUGGUGCGCCAAAUGCACGAACUGAGAACGCUGAAUAUCGGCCAGUGCGUGCGGAUUACAGACAAAGGACUUGAGCUCAUUGCUGACCAUCUGACUCAAUUGACUGGAAUCGAUCUUUAUGGAUGUACAAAAAUCACUAAAAGGGGACUGGAGAGGAUAACGCAGCUCCCCUGCCUUAAAGUUUUAAACCUUGGACUUUGGCAGAUGACCGAAAGUGAAAAAGUGAGGUGAAACUUGCAAGACUCGGGGUAGAC